AUGGCUGACAUAGAAGAUGGUCAGACUUCUAAAGCAAAGUCUUCUCAUAAGGAUUCACAUUCUCAUGCCACUGGACCUUCAACCGAGACACACUCAUCAUCACCUAAAGUUGAAAUGGCUGCAUCCAACUAUACUGCACUUGUCAACACUCAGGAACAACCCAAAGAAGUCGGUGUCAUAGUUGAGUAUCUGCAUAAAUGCCCUUUCGCAUAUGCACUUCUUUUUACUUCUCUAACUCGACAAUCUCUUAUCAUUGAAGUCUUUCAGUCAGCAGUCAUCUCCACAAGAGCAAGGUCUAAACAACUUGAUGUUGAAUUUAAUCCUUUUCAAGCUACUUUGGUACUCACUAUAGAAGAGUUCAAAGUCAGUUUAGGUCUAAGCGAUAUUCCUCCUACACCUCAAACAUUUGUCAUACCAACUUCUACUCAAUUAUUGACAAUGUUCAUGGAAAUGGGGUAUAAAUUCGAAGACAAACAAGAACCAUGUCUUUCAAGAAUUCAGAAAUCUUGUCUUCCCACACCAUGGCACUUUCUCAGUUCUGUCCUCACUAGAUGUCUAUGCAGAUCAGUUAAUGGAUGCAGCAAAGGUAAAACAGACCUUUGGAUUCUUAUGUACGGGCUCUUCUACGACAUCAAUGUUGACUACACGUCUAUUCUUUGGGAAGACUUCCUUAAUUUUCUCCCUGCAUCAAAGAAUAAGUUUUUGAUUUAUCAUCCUUGUUGGUGGUCAAUCAUUAUUUAUGACGCCAUCCAUAACAGUAAUCUUGCACCAGGAUGGAUUCCUUGUGGAACUACUUCGCCUCCCAAAAAGAAGAGGAAGCAUUCUGAUCAUGCAUCCAAGAAGUCUGCAAAGAAAAAGAACAAAUCCAAAUCAAGUCAAUCACGCCCUAUCUCAUCUCCAGCCGUCUCUGAUGAUAAUAAUGGAGCAGAUUUAGAGGAACCCACAUCUCUCCCUAAAUCUGGUACAACCUCUAUGUCAUUCUCUUUCAUAGAUUCCUUAUUUCACACUCCAUCUAAUUAUGAUAAACCAUCCUCUUCAGCUCCAGUUUCACCAGCACACGUUCAGUCAGUUCUAGAAAGUCUAAACCAUCAUGUCUCCUUGGAUUAUGACUCACUUGAGGACGAUAAGCCAGAUGAUGAUAAGCAACCCGAACCAGAAAAUUUUCCUCAAGAUUCUCCAGUACAAGAUAAUCCUGAUGACGAUACUCCAAUGCGGAUGGUCGAUAUCCCUUCCACUGAAGGACUGAUAGUCGAUGAUAAGACCAAUGACAUGUCUAUUGUUCUUUAUCCACUGUAUCUGCCAGGAUUUUCACCAUUGAUCUUGAUGAUUACUCUCCUCCAACUCCCAAAGAAUCUCUAG